AUGUCAUCGCGACAACAUCCCUGCCUGCUGGAUGUGGUUUCCUCCGUGUCCUCUGUGCCGGGAUCCCCGAACCAAUUCACCGUGAAGAUCACCCGCGACUGGUGCACCCAACACUCUGUCCUGGGAGGUUUUUUGACCGCCAUCAUGCUGGCUGCCGGUCAAAGGUUCCUCGACCAGGAACUUGGCGCAGCCCGGUAUCCCGACCCUGUUCAUGCCUUUGUACAAUUUCUACACAUGGCCCAUCCCGGCCCGUCAAUCAUUACCUGCACGCUGUUACGAGUGUCAUCUAAGCAUUGUGUCAUCCAAGUCGAACUAGCACGUGCCCCAACUUCUACAGAGGACUUGGACUCCCUUCCAGUCGCUACCCUUGGUAUCUUCACGUACGGCGACAUCCGAAAGGAGAAAGGGCUAUCACAAGAAUCUCGGUCGACCAUCACAAGACCACCUCCAGACCGGAGAACCGAGUGCGUUACAAUCAACGACCCCGUCGUCUACGCAACGCCCGUCACCGCAAAGAUGAACUGGGUCGCGCCGCGAUCUCCAGAUGGACUCUGGGGCCAUCGUCUCGGGGGCCACAAUCGCGAGCUUUGGUUAUCCUUCCGCGAUGGCUCCAGAUUAUCGGACAUUUUGCAUCUAGCGUAUCUCUCGGACCUGCCGCUCCAGCCGCCAGCUACUCACAUUCCCGAUUUCUACACUAAAUACGCUAUCUCCACCCUCUGUUUGUCGAUCGAGUUCAAGAGACGGCCCGACCCGUCGACGGAAUGGGUGAUGAUCCGCUCCAACUCGAACAAAGUUUCCAAUGGUCGGUAUGAUGCGGCUCUCCAGCUAUUCGACGAGAAGAACAACCUCCUAGCAUUGAGCCAUCAUGUUGUAUUUACAUCUGACUUGAAGCCGAGACCGGCUCGGAUGUAA